AAGAUGAUAACGAAAUAGCUGAAGAUUCUGAAAUAGAGGAAGAAAAGUCUGAGUAUAAUUUUAAUGUUAUUGAACGAUUUGAUCUUGAUAAUAUUGUGUUCUUAAACAAUAAAAUUUUUCAAGAUAAUGAGUCAGAUGAAAAUUCACAAAUUGAUGAUGAGUUUGAUGAAAUUGAGCACGAUGAAUUGACAUCUAGUGAU